AGAGAGAAAAAAGUUAUACCCAACUCUCUGCCAAUGGCGACCACUGAGACUCUGCCCUUCUGAGGAGGCCAUGUUUUUGCGUGAUAAAGAAAAAGGGGAAACGGAGAAAAUGGGGUCAACACUCAAGCGAUUCCCUUCACUUUUCUCUCCGUUUUUCUUCUUCAAACCCAUCGGAGUCGCAGGCGGUCCCCAUCAGCACAGGCGGUAGGCAAUCUGGAUCGGAGAAGAAGAUCUGAUGGAGCAAUUCGUCAAUAACAUUAUACGGCCGCCCAGAGCUGAAUAUGAUCCCACAAAUGAUUUACUAGAUGAAAAGUUCAUGCUUAAAGGAAAAUGGUACCAACGCAAGGAUUUGGAGGUCAAAAACACACGCGGUGAUGUUCUUAAAUGUAGCCAUUACAUGCCAAUCAAAUGCCCUGAAGGAAAGCAAUUGCCAUGCGUUGUAUAUUGUCAUGGAAAUAGUGGUUCUAGAGCUGAUGCCAGUGAAGCCGCCAUAAUUUUAUUGCCAUCAAGCAUUACUGUGUUCACUCUAGAUUUUUCUGGAUCUGGAUUGUCUGGGGGAGACCAUGUUACUUUGGGAUGGAAUGAAAAGGAUGAUCUUAAAUCUGUAAUUGAGUACUUAAGGCGUGAUGGAAAUGUAUCCUUAAUUGGUCUGUGGGGUCGAUCAAUGGGUGCUGUUACUUGCCUAAUGUAUGGAGCUCAGGAUCCAUCUAUUGCAGGGAUAGUCUUGGACAGCCCUUUCUCCAACCUGGUUGAUUUAAUGAUGGAAAUUGCAGACGGUAACAGAGUACGGCUUCCCAAGUUUACCCUUAAGUUCGCAAUCAAAUACAUGAGGAGAUCAGUUCUUAAGAAGGCAAAAUUUGACAUAACAGAGUUGGACACACUCAAGGUAGCUCGGUGCUGCUGUGUUCCUAUGUUGCUAGGUCAUGCUGUUGAUGACACUUUUAUACAACCACAUCACUCUGACCGCAUAUUUGAUGCGUAUAUGGGCAAGAAGAAUAUUAUCAAAUUUGAGGGUGACCACAACUCUCCGCGGCCUCUCUCUUACUUCGAUUCUAUAAGAAUCUUCUUCAACAACAUUUUACAACCUCCACAUACCGAUACAUUUUUUGACAUGUCACCUGAUUAUUUUUGCAAGCAAGGUAACAUAGAUGAUCAUGCCCCCUUGCCUUCAAACCUGAUCAGCUUUGAAUUCUCUAAUGGUGAUCCCUAUGGUCCAACUAUGCCUUCUUUAAUAGAUGAUGAUGAGUAUGUGGAAUACCCUCUUGAUAGCUUGACAGAUGUAGCAAAGAGCAUGGAGGAAGAAGAUAAGAUGUUUAAGGAAGCAGUAAAGAGCCCAUUCAACAAUUUGGGAACAAGACAUUCUUGCAUUGAGGAGCUUUCAUCAAACAAGAAACAAUUAGAACCACUCCCGGAGUCUUCUUCUUCUGCUGCUGCAAAUCUCCCCAUGUGCUCAAAUGAUCCUGCAACUCCAAUAGUCACCGGUAACACAAUCCUUCCUAACUCAAUUCUAUCAGCACCAGAACCAGAAACCAGUCGCCUGUUUUCCCCUCAAGCUAACACUUCAGUCGACCAACAGAGUCCGAUUAGUUUUGACUCAACUGACUGCACGAAAGUCACCGUGACAGUCAUAAAGAACCCAACUUCCAAAAUAUUAGAUGGUUUGUUGUGUCGUUGGGAUCUUAACUUUUCCAGAAAUAGAUAAAUGGUCUUGAGAAACAGGCAAUUGUUAAAAGAUAGCAUUGUAUUGCUUACUUUCUAACUGAUAAACCAAAAGAUUAUGCUUGUUUUGGAGCUGACGUCUUUGUUCAUGAUAGAUUUUGGAGAAAGGGAGGUAAUCUACUUGUGAUUGUGUAUUUUGGAUGUGGACUGUAUAAGAUCCUUAUCAGGAGAUUUUUUUUGUUUUGCUGGAGAAUGGUAUGCU